AUGUUACGAAUUAUGGAAGCAAUUCAACGUAAGAAGUUGAUACAACUUCUUAACGAUGAAUAUAAACAAGAUAUGGAACAUGAUGAACAUGAAAAUACAGAUACUAUUAUUAAUUAUACAACACCACCAAAAGUUUUUGGUAAACAUAAUACUAUAGAUUAUGAUGAUAUUCCAUAUAUAACACCAUCAUUAACAGUUGAAAAAGAUAAAUUUGAAAAGAAUAAUGUUAAUGAAGAUAUAAAAAGAUUUAUACAAUUUUUAGAAAGUAGAUUAACUGAUUUACAAAAAAAAGCUUUACGUAUUACUUGGAAGAAGAUGUCUGAAGCACCAAGAACAUCCUCAAUAGGUAUGCUUUGUAUUAUGGAAAAAGUUUUUGAAAAAUUACUUUCUGAAAAUUCAGAAAUUUCUAAUGUUUUUUAUAGAAGUGCAUUUUUAAGUUGUAUAGAAGAUAGAAAAAAUAGUAAAUUAUUAAAAAAUGAUAAAGAAAAAUGUUUAUUUAAAAAAAAAACUAUAGCUACAUUACGUGACCAUGCAAAUAUAUUAUUAGAUUUUGUUAAUACAAUUAUAACACAAAUAUAUGGUAUUCCUUAUAAACCAAGACGUACAUAUGAAUUAACACCAUUAGGUUGUAGUCAUGGAAAAUUAAUACCAUUAGGAUUUGAUAGAAAUUGGUUUCAUAAAUUAGGUGAAUGUUUUGCUGAGGUAAUGUUUUCUCAAGAAUGUAUCAGAGCAUUUCCUCAUGCACCUAGUGCUUGGAGUCUUUUUGCAGUAUCUUUUACAGAAAAAUUAUAUUCUGAAUGUAAAUUAAAAAAAAAUAAUAAUUGUCCUGAAAUACAAAGACCAAUACCAAAUAGUUGUUCAUUCUCAGAAUGGUCACAUAAAAAAUUAUCUCAAAAUAAUAAAAUAAAUUUUCCAAAUUCUUCUAAAUCUAUGCAUCAAAUAAAGUAUGUGGAAGAAAAUGAAGAAGAUGAAAAUAAUGAAAUAAAUACUGGGAGACCAACAAAUUUAUAA